GAGUGGAGUCGGUGAGCGAGAGAACUAGGAGACCACCAUGUCCACCAGCGCCGACUCUGUUCCUCCUCUCCCUCGAAGGUUGGAAGGGAAGGUUGCUCUUGUAACCGGUGGAGCAACUGGUAUUGGUGAAAGCAUUGUCAGGCUCUUCAGAAAGCACGGUGCAAAGAUUUGUGUGGUCGAUAUCCAAGACAACCUUGGCCAGCAACUCUGCAAGUCCCUUGGUGGUGACCCCUAUGUGUGCUUCUUCCAUUGCGAUGUCACCAUUGAAGACGAUGUACGCCGUGCUGUCGACUUCACAGCCGACAAGUAUGGUACCAUCGAUAUCAUGGUCAACAAUGCAGGGAUCACCGGCAGCAAGGUGAAGGAUAUCCGGGAUGCCGACUUCAAUGAAUUCAAGAAGGUGUUUGAUGUGAACGUGAAUGGUGUGUUUCUUGGGAUGAAGCAUGCAGCACGUAUCAUGAUUCCCCAAAGGAAGGGCUCCAUAAUCUCAUUAGCCAGCGUGGCGAGCACAACAGGAGGGCUAGGCCCCCAUGGAUACACAGGUUCUAAGCAUGCUGUUCUGGGGCUCACUAAAAAUGUGGCAGCAGAAUUGGGGAAGCGUGGAAUACGUGUGAAUUGUGUCUCGCCAUAUGCAACCCCCACAAGCCUCUCCAUGCCCCAUUUGCCUGAGGAGGAGAGGCAGGAGGAUGGUUUUCUGUCUUUUGUUGGCAGCCAUGCCAACUUGAAAGGUGUGGACCUGAUGGUAGAUGAUGUAGCACAGGCUGUGCUCUACUUGGCAAGUGAUGAAGCCAGGUACAUCAGUGGGCUCAAUCUAAUGGUUGAUGGGGGUUUUACUUGUGUGAACAACUCGGUGCGAGUAUUCGACUGAGGAUAUUUGGCUAAUGCAUUCAUCUUUUGGUGAUAUCACUUGGAUUUAGCAGACUUCAUCUUUAAUGUCAGUGAUUGAUUACCCAGCCAUGGAUGCAUUAUAUAACGAAUUCAGAUAAGAAAAUUUUUAUGAGCCA